CCAUGCACAUGGCUUUGCUUUCCGUUUUGAGUGGUUGAUUAGUUUACUCGUUUUUUUUUUUCUUUUCUUUUUUUUUCUUUCCUUCCUGACUCUUUCUCUUUCUCUUCUUGAGCACAUUACAAUGCGCGGUGCUGCUCUCUUUGCUCUGCUGGUUGCACUGCUGGCUGCAGCGACCACGACCCGUGCGCACAAGUUUGUGCACCCGCUGGAGGGCAUCGAGCUCGCAGCCAUGCGUCGCGCGACCAAGGCCGAGUCGCCCCGCUCGCUGGCGUUUGCAGUGACGCCCAACACGCUCGAGGCGGCCGAGGGGACUGUCACGGUCAUCUGGGCCGGGCUGGACGACCCACAGCCAGACGACUGGAUUGCCCUGUACACCCCGCUUCCCAGCAACCUCAGCGCGAUCGUGCCCGUCAAGUUCAAGAUGUGCACCAUCAGCCCCACCCAUCUCAGCUCGGGCAGUGGCUCGCUCACCUUUACGCUCAUCAACAUGCGCGACUCUAACUCGUUCGUCUUCUUCCGUGGCGGUCUCACCGCUCCUGUCGCCGUCGCGCAAACCGAUCCGGUCGAGUUUGAGAGCUACGACAUUCCCAUGCAUCCGCAUCUGGCCAUCACCGACAAUCCCAGCGAAAUGAGCCUCAUGUGGACGUCGCGAAAGGCCGCCAUGCCGAUCGCCCUGCUCGGCACGUCCACGACCUCUGUCACCACCACCUUCAAUGCCACGACCACGUCGUACAGCGCUUCCGACAUGUGCGGCGAGCCCGCCACAUCGUACGGCUACCGCCCCGCUGGCUUGAUCCAUACUGUCAUCUUUACAGGCCUUCAGCCACGCACCCGCUACUACUACGUGUUUGGCGAUCCUUCGUACGGCAUGAGCACAAUUUACUCGUUCGUAUCCGCUCCUGCCCGUGGCGACACCAGUCUGGUUCGCUGGGUUGUGUUUGGAGACAUGGGCCGUGCCGAGCGCGACGGCUCGAACGAGUACCAAGUGUACGAGCCCCCGUCCAUCAAUACGACCGACCGCAUCAUUGCCGAGUUGAAGCGCGGAGACGUUGAUUUUGUUGGUCACUUUGGUGACAUUAGCUAUGCUCGUGGCUACGCGAGCGAUUGGGACUCGUUCUUCGCCCAGGUUCGUCCAAUUGCCUCGGCAGUGCCGUAUCUGAUCGCUUCUGGCAACCAUGAGCGAGACUGGAACAACUCUGGCGCGCUGUUCCCGGGCUACGAUUCCGGCGGUGAGUGCGGCGUGCCGUACAACGCCCGAUUCCUCAUGCCCGGUUCCAAGCCAACCAGCAAGGCGGGUGUGCGCAUGGACGGUGGAAUUGUCAAGGACUCUCCCUGGUACUCUGCCAACUACGGUCCCAUCCAUCUGACUGUGAUGAGCACCGAGCACGACUUUAGUGCUGGCAGCACCCAGUUGGCUUGGAUUGAGCAGGAUUUGGCGAGCGUCGAUCGUUCCGUCACUCCUUGGCUGUUGUUUGCUGGGCAUCGUCCCAUGUAUAUUGAUUCGACCGACGUCUCGCCUGUGACUGGAGACCAGCCUGUUGCGACCGCACUUCGUCAGUUCGUCGAGCCGCUGUUGUUCAAGUACCGCGCCGACCUGACCAUGUUUGGUCAUCACCACUCGUACCAGCGCAGCUGCCCCUCGCUCAACCUGACUUGCAUUACCACUCCUCAGCCACCGAAUGCUGCAACACCUUGGUCGUAUCUUGGCCCUGUUAACGUCGUCAUUGGCAUGGCCGGUCAGAGCCUUUCGCAAAACCUCAUUGCGGCCCAACCGUCCUGGGUUGUCGCUGUCAACGACCAGGUCUAUGGCUACGCUCGCCUGCAAGCCGACAAGACGAGUCUUGCGUUCCAGUUUAUCAUCAACAACAGCGACCAGAUCGGAGACCAGUUUACGCUGCGUCACGCCUAACGCCUUUGGAUGGCUGGUUGUGCUGGACAGUGUUCGAAACGCGCAAUUGCGAGUUUGAUUAGACAAACUGAAGUGUAUUGCAGCCAAGCUCGAUGCGUGUGCGCGAAUCGAAGGAUGUCAAAGAAACAAAAAUCCAGCUUGUGUUGAAUUUCGUGUCACAUUGUUAAGUCGGAAAUGGAGG